AAUAGUGCGUAUCGUGCGUGUGCUUUUCGUUCCUCGAGAGAGCCGAGAGCAAAGGGAAAACGUGUCUAGGUCGGUGCAACGAUGCAAGAAUAAAGAAACUCGAAGACGUGUUCGCGAGUUAUUUUCUCGUUUCCCCCUUGGAAAAGUGUCUCCCGUGAAAAGUUUUUCUAUCGCGAAAUGACCGAAAGGUGCGCGAGAUCCACGCUGCUUCUCGGAGGUGAUGGUGAUUUCAUUUGAAAGGAAAAACUAGAACGAGAAAUGUGCGGUGAAACGUCGUUUUACGAUUGCGAUCGGUUGCUAUGAUCGAGCCGCGAAAGGUUAACGUCGAACGAUCAUGGUUUACCCGAGGCUGCACGUCGGGAGGAGUCUACGAUCGAACGCAAACACGAGAUAUCUCCACGUCCUGAUCGUGCCGCUCUUCCCGCUCUGGAUUAUCGGCGCGUUCUGCGUCAAAGAUGUACCCAUAUCGCACAUCGUGGCACUGGUCGGAGAUCCCACCUAUCUUCCCUGCGACAUAUCAACUACCCACGAAGGAGAUUCGGUACAUCUUGUGCUCUGGUAUCGCGAGGAUCUUGGAACAUCGGUUUACAGCGUCGACGCCAGAGAUCGAGACUUUGGUAUAGCCGAGAGAUGGUCGGACGACACGGUGUUCUCGAGUCGAGCUUACUUCAUGCCAGACAAGAAACCGGCCGAGCUGGGCGUGGAUCACAUAAGGGAGGAAGACGCUGGUAUUUAUCGGUGUCGGGUCGACUUCCAAAUCGGCCAAACGCGAAACUCCAAAGUCAAUUUAACGGUGAUAGUUCCACCUCACAGAAUCGUGAUCGUCGACGAAAGAGGCAUCGCACGGGACAAGACGGCAGGACCCUAUGCGGAUGGCGACUCCUUGCGGCUCUACUGUGACGUGUAUGGCGGCAAGCCACCGCCCACUGUGACCUGGUACCGUAACAACAAUUUCAUGAAUAACAAAACGAUGAACGUACGUAGCGGCGUGACGCGCAGCGAGAUCGUGAUAAAAAAUUUGGGACGAGACGACGUUCUCUCGGAGCUGACCUGCAACGCGACGAAUAAUAACAGAUCGCUCCCGCUGUCCUCGACCAUUCGACUGGAUAUGAAUUUCAGCCCGCUGGAAGUGAAAAUAAGGGAUGCUAAUCAGCCUCUAUCGGCCGGCAAAAGGUACGAGCUCGUAUGCAGGACUUCCGGUUCGCGACCACCGGCGAUUGUGACAUGGUGGAGGAACGGUCAACGUUUAGUGGAUUCCAAGGAAACGACCUCGAGCGAUGGGAACACGACCAGCAGCGUCUUAUCUUUCAUGGCGACCAAAGCAGAUGCCGGUAGACACUUGUCAUGCCGAGCUGAAAAUUCGAUCAUGGGAAGCGCGCCGAUAGAGGACGACUGGAUACUCGAGAUACAAUACACGCCGGAGACGAAAAUACAACUGGGAACAUCCUUGGACCCUAGCACUAUUCGAGAAGGUAUGGACGUCUAUUUCGAUUGUCUGAUACAAGCUGAGCCGCCGGUUACCAAAGUCGAGUGGCGUCAUCAGGGCAAGGCACUUUAUCACAACGUAACGCAAGGUAUUAUAAUCAGUAACCAGAGUUUGGUACUCCAAGGAGUCGACCGCAAGAGCGCUGGCAAUUACACGUGCGUGGGAUACAACGUCGAGGGCGACGGGGAGAGCUCGCCUUUCUAUUUGAACGUCAUGUUCGCUCCAACUUGCAAGCCGAACCAAACAAAGUUCCACGGUGUUGCUAAACAAGAAAAGGCCAACAUAUCCUGUCAAGUGGAAGCGAAUCCCGCGGAAGUACAGUUCCGGUGGACGUUCAACAAUUCUGCGGAGAGUAUCGACGUUGCCGCGGGUCAUAUCGCCAGAGCAGGCACAUCCUCGAUCGUUUCGUACACGCCAAUGACGGAAUUGGAUUACGGAACGUUGCUAUGUUGGGCCACGAAUCGUAUAGGGCAUCAACAAGUGCCUUGCGUCUAUCACAUUAUACCCGCCGGUCGUCCGGAUAUGGUACACAAUUGUACAACCUCUAACACAUCGACCAACUCGUUUUCGGUGCGAUGCACCGAGGGCUUCAACGGCGGCUUACCGCAAUCCUUUCUUCUCGAGGUGAGGGAGAGCAACAGCCAGGAAUUGCGUGCAAAUUUAACGUCACCGGUGCCGCGUUUCAGCGUCGCUCAACUCGAGUCCGGUGCUCUUUAUCAGGCGUGCAUUUACGCGUACAACGAUAAAGGACGCAGCGAGGCAAUGGUCGUGCAAGCAGGAACGUUGAGGCUCCCUGAAAAACAAUUAACAUCCGAGUCAGAAAGGCCACGGCAAAACGUUAGAUUAACGCCGAUGUUCAGUGUCAUGAUCGGCGUGGUAACGGCCUUGAUAAUCGUCGCGGUAAUAGUCAUGAUCGUUUUGAGGAUCCAACACACGAACGUCGAGGAACGUGGCAAGUCGCAAAUGGAGGAACAUGGGAAGCAAACGAAAUCGGUCCCGAUACAGCGCGAACUGAGAUUCCGCGAAGGUAGCAGCCUUCUCAACGACGAAAAACAUCCAGGUAGUCCAUUCAGGAAAUUGGAAACAAGCGGUGACUUGAGUGAGAGCGACGAGAAGAAUCCGGACAUCAUACCUCAACAAAUUACCGGAGACGAGCCCUCGGAAUACUUGAGAAAAAGACGAUUGGUAUCGACGAUAGAAACCUCUCCGUCUAGAAGUCUCUUGGAACACUCUACCAUCACUUCUUUAACCGGGCACGGCAGCUACGUUGGCUACUGCACCAUUCGCAACGGGAUGCCCCUGCACGAAUUUUCAAAUUUAUCUACCAAACACAAAAGUUUUCAGCCCAUCAUCGGGAGCGUGUACGACGAUGGAGUAUGCACCCUACCGAGACAGCACUGGCCGACUCAGAACGUUCAAUCGAUGACGAUGAGUCCACCGAUGUUGUACGCAGGGUUAGGAGUCGUCGGCAGGACCUGUCCAAGUACAUGCACGCUCUUGUCGAAGGACAUCGAAACGAGAGUUCCUGCUCAGUGCUGCGUCCAGUCGCAGAAAGAGGCGACCGUGACUACGCCCGUUGUGAUGGCCAAAAGAGAAAGCUCGGUGUGACGCUGUAAUUGACGAAUCCUUGAGAACUACACCAUGUAUUAGAAAAGAAAAAAAGGAGUUUCAUUGUUAAUUAUCUUAUCGCUUGCGAAAGAAGUACGAAAGAGAGAGAAAACGUAUGUGACGCACGUCGUAUGUGAGUUCAACAACAACACAAGCCUCUUUUAUUUUGACAAAUUUAUUUCCUACCCCAUAAAUGAUAUCGUCAUUUUACGAACUUAUGUUGAAUCAAGUGCCCUUUUUAUAUUAAAGGAAGACUUUGAAACUGAUACUGCGUCGAUGAAUGUGUAUGGACGUGAAUCGAGAGAGAGAGAGAGAGAGAGAGAGAGAGAGAACGAGCCGUGUGUACGAACGCGUGACAUUUAGUACGAAUGCCUACACAUACACGUGUGUAGUACGUGCCUGCGUGUGCUUGUACAUAUAUAAAUAUACAUAUGUACAGUUGAGAAUGAGAAAGUGUGUAUAUAUACAGGCACACGCAUGUACUCCAUGCAUACACUUGAGAAUACACAAAGGAACACAUACACACAGCGUCGCGUAAUUUAUGUACUGUACAUACCUUUGGAACAUGGAAGAUAUUUUAUACAAAUCAAUAGCAUAAAGUUUAUUCAACUUUUACUACGGUACACACUGUACAAUUUGUCUAGUCGAUGUAAGUAAAAAAUACGUAGACGAAAUUCAAAAAUCGAUCGUGCAACCAGAAUAACGUAUACUGAAAAGGGUUAAUUCGUUGGUGCGAUAUCGUGUGAAAAAUCGAUCGCACGGCGCGGCGUGCCGGAGCCGGCAAAAGUUAAAAACGUAGACUGCUGGGAAAGGGGAUCGAAAGCGAGGAAACGCGAUAGAAACAUAUCGUUUGGUUUUUCACCACGAAAAUCGAACAAAACGUUUGAAGAGGGGGGGAGGGGAGGGGAGAGAGAGAAUGUGUGUGUGUGUAUGUGUGUGUAAAGGAAUAACGCGUUCGAACCAAAAAAAAAAAAAAAAAAAAAAAAACGAACGACGACGACGAAAACAGUCAAAGCAAGUCCCCUGGUUUCUUUCAGUCUACAAUAUUCUGGAUUUUAUUGUAACGUUAACUAUCUGUAUGAUAAUGUCUUUAAAAGAAAAUAACAUUUUCCCCCUUUUGCGAGUAAUCGUACUAACGAUGACACAAAUAUGAGCGUUGUUUUAUAAAAAAAAAGGGGAAAAAAAAGAAGAAUGAAUCUUUAUCUUAACUCUUCAAAUUAGAUGAAUGCCGAUUUAAUUAAGUUAAGUCUGUCACUCGUGGUACGUAAUUGCGAUAGUCCUAAAAAUUACUGCCUGUUUCGAUGCUUAAGAAAAUCUUGUUGGAAAUCUAAUGUAUCACCGGAGGUCAUUUCUCGUUGCCUCUCCCAUGUAUUAUAACUGAACGUAUCGUUAAUCGUUAUAAGGACGAAUAUGCCCGGCCGUGCGAAUACACACCCUCUGAGUCAUGCAGCGAGGAGGGCUGCCGCGUUUCAGCCGCGUUUCAACCGUGGUUCCUUCCUGUAGAUCUGCAAAUUUGUAUAAAAGAGCAAAAUGUGCGAGUGUAUGGCUUUCGUCGAUUAUCGAUUUCGUUACCGGCGCCGGCGAUACGACGACGGUACGUUACCUAUGUUCUAACGUAGAAAGAAAAUAAAUCGAUUUCCAUUUCCGCGAUUUAAGAUUAAGGGGAUGCAUAGAAAGUGGAUGACAUUUUGCUUCGUCUUGUAAAUACCAACUUUGAAUGACGAAGCGAAUAACAGAAAAAUACUUGAAGCAGUGAAAAGGAUAAAAAAGAAAAAGAGGAGAGAGAGAGAAAAGUUGAAGCUGAAAGGUCCGAAUAAAGUUUAUACGGCGUUUAGGUACAUAGCUGAGAAAGCAUCUGUCUUUCCGCCAGAGUCAUUUGUUAAUAAAAUAACGUCGAAACUGAACUUUUCUCUAAACUUCUACGUGAAUGUGUUCUUUCGAUCGCUAGACAUUAAGUUAUAUCUCUGAGAAAUCUGACUAUAUAAUGUUUACUAAAUGAAUUGUUAAUUAUUAUUGCCAUUGAUGGAAUUGAUGUUGGUACAUAAUCGAAUGUACUAUCGACAUAUGUACACGUUAGUGAUUGAUAAAUUGGAAAAUGCGUAAUUUAUCCUUGUAAGAAAUUUUACACGAAAUCAAAGAAAACACACAGAGAUACGCACCAAAUAAAAGGACGACUUUGUUCGUCCUUUCGCAUGUUCGAGUUCGGUCAUAAAUGUUGACGAUACGAUGAAUAAUAACUCUGAUCGUUUAUUUUCAACUCGUAAAUGUUAACGCAAAAAAUUUCACAAGGCUCGAAAAGUCUCCUACUUACGUUUCUCGUCGUGAUAUAACUAACAUAAUAGAAAAUAAAACACGUUCGAUGAUAAUUCGUUAUAAAUUGAACAUU